GGGAGCUUAUUCGCUUUCAAGCUGGAGUUACAUUGGAAAUCUCUCGAUUAGAUGCUUGGUAUUCUGGCAGCGAUGGUUCUAUUGAAGGCCCUGCAACCUACAUAGUGCAUGGUCUUUGUCGUAGGUGUUGCAUCCCUGAAGUUGUUCUGCGGUGUAUGCAGGUCUGUGUGUCGCUUGUUGGGUCUGGUAAUCCACCUAAUACCCAUGAUGAGUUGAUCAACCUUGUCACAAAUCCUGAAACAGGGUUCAUUCGUCUCUUCAGUCAGCAUCAAUUGCAGGAGUUUUUGUUAUUUGAGAGGGAAUAUACAAUAUACAAAAUGGAACUCGAGGAGGAGCCAACCGCUUGAUUUGAGGAGCUUAAAUACUUGACAGGCUUGUUUCAAUUUAAGUUAUGGUAUAUCUCCUUUUGAGGUUGUUUAUGGUUUUAAUCCCUUUCCUCCCCUUGAUUUAUUACUGAUAGCAUCCUAGGAAGGAUGAUAAGGACAAGGAUGAAGCUUUGGAAUCUCAAAAAGAGAGCCUUUAACAAGAUGUCAAGCUAAAGAGUUGCAAAACAAGGUCAUUAGGCUUCAAGUGCAAAUAAAGAAGUUGCUAAUUGGGAGGAAGAAGAGCUCAAGGAUAAAGGUUGUGAAUUGGCUAGGUGUUACAAUUGUUUUAUGGCUCAAAUUUAUGUCCAAGAAGAGGAGUAUUGGAUCCCAAGAGACAUCCUUUGAAGAAGGUCCUAAUCAGUCCAUUUUUGGACCAAUUUGGCCCCUAAAAUGGGUCCAAACUUGCAGUCCAUGAUGUUCUACAUAAAGCCACGUUUUUAUAACAUAAAAAAGACUUACUUGAUGUCCAAGAAAGGUAGAAUAGUCGUGUUAGAUGUUGAGUGCAAGCUGGUGCCAAGUUGCUUUAAAAUUUCCUUCAAGAUUUCCAAGAUUUUCAAGAUUUUAUCCAAGAUAGGUUUGGGACUUAUUUCCAUAUAUUUUUGGACUGUAUUUAUUGAUUUCCUAGUUAGUUAAGGUUAUGUUUUCCUUUUCCUAAGAUUGUUUGGAAUUACUUUCCAAGCAUGGCUUGGUUUUUGUUUCCUAGUAUUUUCCUUUUCCUAAGGUUGUUGGACUUGUUAUCCAAAGUAGUUUAGGACUUUAUUUCCUUGUUUUUUUAGCCUUAAUUUCGUGACCCCCUCCCUCUCUAUAUAAAGGGGCGUCUUCUUUGUUUUUAGACUUAGAUUAUUCAGACUAUUAUCAAUAAAAAUUGUGAGAUUUUUCUUGCA